AUGAAACCUGCUUCCAUCCUCGUCCUCGCAUCAACCGCGUCGGCUACCGACGCGUCAACCGUGGUCGAAUACAUUGACUUGAGCGCAGGCGACUUCACCGUCCCCGAAGUGUUGAAGGGUUCAUUUGAUAACCAAGUCGCAGCGAAGAACGAAUGGGACGUGGAAGCCAUCGGUGCCCCCGAAGUCUGGUACUCACCCGGCAAGGGAACCGUCGUGGGCUCCAUCGACUUGGGCGACCUGCAUACGCACGAAACCACCAAGCACAACUGGUUGUCGGAAUUGGGCUGA